AUGUCCAACAACAGCUCGAUGGCUCGGAUACAUGAAAAUACUUCACUACUCUGUGGUAAAGACCCUGUCUAUUACACAAAUAUCAUAGGUAUUGUGGUGGACUGGGUGAUAUUCCUAGUGGGACUACCUGAAGUCUGCCUGGCCUGCUACGCUCUCCUGUGUCUACUCAAGAAGGACAGGGUAGCUCCGAUCUUCGUCAUAAACCUCCUCCUGUCAGACCUCAUGCAGAUCGGGGUCACAGUUGUCUUUAUCAUAAGUAGGUUUUUUGACGCCACCUUCCAUCCUUUCGUCAGGGCCCGCUGCAUCGCUCGACUCUUUGUCCGUUUUGGCCUGACCUCCAGUUUGGGUUUCAUGCUGAUGAUUUCUGCAGAAAGGUAUUCAAUGGUGGCAUAUCCAGUGUGGUACCACACAAAGAAAAAUGUAAACAUAGCCAUCCUGAUCUCAGUUUGCAUAUGGACCCUUUCGCUGACCUACUCCACUUUGGAUUAUGUCUACAUGAUUCAAACCAGAUUCUCCUUGUUGCUAUUCUCCAUCAUCUGCCUCCUACCUGCCCCAUUCCUUCUGGGUCUCUUCACAGCCACGUGGAAAGCCCUCAACAAGAGUGCAGCCAUGAGACAUGAAGCGAAGAACAGGAAGAAAGUUUUGGGAGUUCUGAGUCUGAUGUUGGGGACAUACGCAGUUUUGUUUUUCCCCUUCAGUUUCAGGAACCUCUACUGCUCUCUCAAAGGGGACGACGCCUCAGACGCAGAGGACUCUGUCAGGGAUUUGUCCAGUAUUUUGACCAGUGCUCUGGUCUAUCUUAGUCCCUUGAUAGACUCUUUAAUCUAUAUUUUCCUUAGGCGGGACAUAAAGGACACGGUGGAAGCGUUUCCGUGCUGCAAAACGCCUCUGAUGAAGCUCAGAGAGUUUCAGGACAGGCUAACAGACACUUCCCAGACUGAGACGGCCUUAUGA